UUGUAUUUCUAUAUUUAUUAGGGGAACAUGACUGUGAAAGAAAUAAUUCAACCUGAGCACAUGAAGGAUGCAGAAGCUGCGUCUAAUCUUCCAGGACACGCUGACAUCCCAGGAGCUCUCACUGUCCCUCCCUUUCUAUACUGUUAUCUCAGUCAAACGUACAGAAAGGAACUGGAACAGAUUGAGAAUAAGUUUGGAGUUAAAAUAAAUGCAGAAACAUGUGUUUCAAUCUCUGCUAAGAAAGCUGAUGAGAAGAGUGAGAGUGAUUCUGUAAUCAAAGCUACUCAGGCCUUUACUGAUCUUUACCUGGCUAAAGCAAAUAAUAUCAAAUCUGUCCCUGUCCCUCAAUCACACAUGGAGUCUGAUGUAAUGAAACAGGUGCUGCAACAUAUUCCAGAUGAAGAGAACAAGAUCCUGCUAAACAUGUCAGCAAAUAACAACCUGCUGUUUGCACCAGAACAUAUUACAUCGAUGGUUGAGAAGCGGUUAAAUUUGGAACCUGAAAAAUCACCUAGCUACAAUAAUCCCUACAACACUGAGAUGGACACUAAGCAGUGGAGAUCAUCAGAAAGUUCUUAUUUAAGGCAGACACCAAAUAACUUGGACAUGGACAUCAAAAACGCACAAGCUCCAGUUGAGAUGGAUGAGACACACUGGAAAUUAUUAGACACUGUUUUUGUGAAACAGUUACAAGAGAUCCAAAAUAAAUAUGGAGUUCAGUUUGUCACAGAACCUGUCAAAGGCUCAGAACCUGUCAAAGGCUCGGUGAAGGUGUCAGCACGAUCCCGAGGAACUCAUCAGGUCAAUCUCGAAGCUUACGCCAUCAGAGCUUUAACUCAUCUCUACCAAAAGGCCGUCACCUCAGCAGUCACCUGUGGUCUUAAAGACCCUUCCUGCACUGAAAUAGCUCAACAGAUACUUAGCUCUCAACACAGCUGUGUGGGUGGAGGAGAAAGAAAUGGAAGCUGGAAACUUUUUGGACUGCCAAAGUAUGUCAUUCCUGCUAUAGCUGAUAUUGAAAAGAUUAUUGGACGUCCUGUAUUUAAUGAGGAGAUAAAACUAUCGCUGGGAUAUCCAUGGGAUUUUUCACAGGCAAGUGGAUUUCAGAAGGGGCAAAUGGAAAUUGGGGAGAUGAGAGGAACACAUGGCACUGACCUGAGAGGUGAAACAAAGGACUCUGGUUUCAACCAAGACUUCAUUAAUAGAGCAAAAGAGGAUGAUAAAAAGAAAGAAACUGAAGAUAACUGUUCUAUCUGCCUGGAUACGUUUAUUAAAAAGAAAAAACUGGGCUGUGGUCAUGAAUUCUGCAAAGGAUGUCUGGAACAGUCAAUAAAGAGCACUGGAGAAAUUUGCCCUUUGUGUAAGAAAAUCUUUGGGAUAUUGAAGGGGAACCAGCCUCGUGGAGAAAUGUCUAUCAAACAGAGACAAUACCAACACCUCUCUGGCUUUCCUGAUUGUGGCUCAAUCGAAAUUACUUACGACAUACCCAGUGGCAUUCAGACAAGUGAACAUCCAAACCCUGGAAAGCCUUACAGUGGGGCUCAUCGCACUGCGUACUUACCGGACAACGCUGAAGGAAACCAUGUGCUCCAGCUGCUGAGAAGGGCUUUUGAUCAGAAACUCAUCUUUACUGUUGGAUUUUCCAGAACGACUGGAGCAGAUGAUGUGGUUAUCUGGAAUGAUAUUCAUCACAAAACAAAUACACAUGGGGGGCCAGAACGUUAUGGCUAUCCAGACCCAGGUUACUUUAAAAGGGUAAAAGAAGAGCUAAAGGCCAAAGGCAUUGAGUAAAGAUUAAGUACAGAUGUUUGAUUGAAUAUUUUAUGUAUAGCUUUAAUACCCUAAAAUGUUUUAAAAGCGAACACCAAAACCCCCCAAACAAAGACUUUCUGGGGUAAUAAAUAUAAAUCUUUUUUAAACAUCUUUAAAUAAACAGUAUGUUACAUGACUAAUGCA